AUGCAAGCAUACAUGGAGCGAGCUAAAGCUCAUGAGGAUAAAAUGAAGGAAGAGAUUGCAGACUGAAUUGGCAAGCGUCAUCUUGCUAACAUUAUGGGGCAAGAUCCAGACAUGUUUGAACAAGAGGACAUCAAUAGGGCCAUUGAAUAUCUGUUGCCAUCAGGCCUAACACACAUUGGAGCUCGCCCAAUUUUGAAGCAUCCUUAUGAGGUUUUCCCUAAAAGAAAAGCUGCUGAAUUUGGACAAGAUGGUCGACCUUUUCAUUCCCUGUUCUUCACAGGCAAACCAAACUUUUAUAGCCUUCUUCAUGAUGCUGCAUGGAAAAUUGAAGACCUUAAAAAAGAGCAGAUGAAUCUGGAAAAGAAAGGACGUCUUCAUGAGGAGGCAGACAAAAAAAUAAACCUCAAUGGAAGUGACUGGAUCUCAGCUAUCAGUCUAAAAGACAUGAUGCUUGAGCCUGUUGGAGAACAUGAGCACAAACAUUUUGUUUUGUUGAUGGAGAGACUUGCAGAUCUACCUUUGUCUUACAAAGAGGAGGAGUUUAUUAUGAAGUAUCGUCGUAAUCUCAUGACACAAUCUCUUUCUGGAGAUAUCCCAAAGCCUCUUGUUGAUGACAAAGGCCGGCAGUAUAUAAAGGCAGAAGGGAAACGGAAGACAGCCAAAGCUGAGGUAACUCUAUGGAUUAAAGGCUCUGGAAAGUUUACAGUGAAUGGACAGGACAUUGAAUACUUCAAGCAUAUUGUGCACAGGGAGCAGGUGAUGACACCCCUGCAAUUUGUGGGGCUGAUGGGAGAAGUUGAUGUGGAAGCCACAGUGACACUUGGAGGCGAGACUGGCCAGUCUGGUGCCAUUCGCCUUGCUUUGUCAAGAGCUCUGGUUUCUUUUGUCGAUGCUGACACUCGAGAAAGAUGAGACUUCGUGGUUUACUAACGAACGAUUAUAGAAGACGAGAGAGGAAAAAACCGGGUCAGAAGAAAGCUCGAAAGAAGUUUACUUGGAAGAAGAGGUGAGAGGAUUGAUGCUUGAGGAACUCAAGGGGAACUUGUCAGUUGACAAGUCAUAUGUUUGAUCAAAUAACCAAGUUUCUUGGAGUAUUGUAUGAUGAUGUGACAAGGAAUGAGAUGUUUGUAGCUUUGUAAGUAAUAAAUGUAGAUCAAGA